UAUCACACCUUAUAUUCCGCCUUACUAGAUUUCUCGUUACUGCCACCUGACCCGUUAUCAAUUGUCAUAUAAGAUGACACAUCUUUUUUGGCGUUUUUAACUUCCAAGCAAAGGCUUGAAGUUUAAUGAUACUUGGUUCCAGUAUUUCUUUUUCCUCAUCUGGCUUCAACAGAUUUUAAGCAAUCCAGUAUCCAGAUUUAACUGUGUAUUAACCAUUCUUCGUGUAGUUGCAGCAGAAAGUAUUAUGACGAUGAGUAGAGCUUAUGGCCAUACUUCGAAUGAGUGGUAUGUCAUCAGGAUGGACUCUUUCUUUUUAUAUUAGGUCCUUUAUUACUUCAUAUUCUCUCUCCUUUUAUCACAGAACUAACAAAACUUCACAUCUUCUGUUCUCUCCUUCUACGCUCUCUCUUCAUCUCUUUCUCUCUUCUUAAUCGAUUCGAUUGAUGAAGAUCAGGUGCGACGUCUGCGACAAAGAAGAAGCGUUGGUGUUUUGCACCGCCGACGAAGCGUCUCUAUGCGGCGGCUGCGACCACCGAGUCCACCACGCUAACAAACUCGCUUCCAAACAUCUCCGUUUCUCUCUCCUCAAUCCUUCUCCUUCCAACAACUCAUCUCCUAUCUGUGACAUCUGUCAGGAGAAAAAAGCUCUGUUGUUUUGUCAAGAAGAUAGGGCUAUUUUAUGCAAAGAUUGUGAUUCAUCGAUCCACUCCGCCAACGAACACGUCAAGAAACACGAUAGGUUUCUUCUCACAGGGGUUAAGCUCUCUGCAACAUCCUCUGUGUAUAAACCUACUUCAGAAUCUUUUUCAAGCAGUCAAGAUUGUUCUGUCCCUGGACCCCGUUCUUCCAAGAAACCUCUCUCAGCUUCUCAGAGCAACAGCUCCAAGAUCCAACUUACUUCGAAGAUAGGAGGUGAUGCGGCAGUGAAUCAGUUGGGAUCCACAAGCACGAUUUCAGAGUAUUUGAUGGAUAUGUUACCUGGUUGGCACGUUGAGGACUUUCUUGAUUCCUCUCUUCCUCCUUUUGGUUUCUCUAAGAGUGGUGGUGAUGAUGGAGUGUCACUUCAAUCUAAGAAUAUGGGGAUUUGGGUCCCUCAGAUUCCACAAACUCUUCCUUCUUCAUACACAAAUAAGUACUUUUCUCAGGACAACAACAAAGAAACAUCACCAGAAGUGCAGAUGUAUGCUCCAAUACAAAACAUGAAACAACAAGGACAGAACAAGAGAUGGUAUGAUGAUGGUGGCUUCACUGUCCCACAGAUUACCACUUCUUCCAGUCAUCCUACUCCUCUUCCUUCUAACAAAAGGUCCAGAUUUUUCUGGUAACUGACAUGUGGUCUAUGUUUGUUUGUUUGUUUCCCUUUUGAUCUUCUUGAUUUUUAGGGGUUUUGUUGUCUUUUGUACAUUUUGAGUGUGAUUAAUGUUGCUGUUUUAAUCUUUGUAGUAAUCCUAUGUGUUCUCUUGUGUUUUAUGCCAAUGUUUUUUUGUCCUAAUAAGUUUUCAUGUAAAAGUUUCCAUGAUUUAUUUUGUGAAUCAUGGAGCUAGACAUUUUUGUGUUGAAGCAAGACUUCAGUGAAAGAAAUUAGCUAUUUUUAAUUA